AUGGCAGAGCAGCCCAAGUCCGAGAAGGAUGCUGCGAGGAGACGGCAGAAGGUGGUUCGGAGGAUUUGCAUCUCUUCCUUCUUCAGUGUUUGCCAGCACUUUAUUUUUGCGCAGUCUGAGCCACGGCUUUUCCUGAGCCUUUGCAAUAAGGAUGCUGCAAUGGCCACCCGAAUUCUUGGUAAUACAUCGGGCAUAGCUGGCUUGCUGAGCUUGAUCGUCAAUCAAGCAGGAGGAAAGCUGUCUGAUAGUAUAGGAAGAAAGCCUGGAUUUCUGGUAGGCCCGCUGUGCAACAUUAUUCUUGGCUUUCUCGUUGUUUUGAAUCCGCUCAAUCGACCUUUGAUAGCAGUUUGCCGCGUCCUGCGGUUGAUCUUGACAACAUUUUCGAACACUGUAAUGUGCACCGCCGCUGUGGCAGAUGUGUGCUCGAGCAGUGAGCUUGCUCUGGCAAUGUCCAGGAUGCAGACUGCUGCUGGCCUUGCUAUGUUGCUCACUCCUUUUAUUGAGGGAAGGAUUUUGCACUGGUCACCUUGGUCACCACAUGGCAUCAAAUAUGUUUACGCCGCCAAAGCUGCAAUUGCCACUCUUCACACGGCAUUUGUCGUCACCCAGCUGGAGGAGACGUUGGACGUUUGCAAGAGAGCCUCUGCCAAAAUCACCUUUGAUAUGGUCAACCCAUUUGGAUUCUUGAGAAUCUUUACCCAAGGAAGCCAGGCUUUGAGGAAGCUUGUCACUAUAACAACUUUGCAGAUGUUCUUGGAGGGCAAGAACCUGAGUGACGUCGUCCAGGCCUGGAUUCGAGAUCAUUUGAAAUGGUCUGUGACACAGGUGCGAAACUUCAUUGUCGGGUACGGAAUGCUGUGCACGGCAACGGGCUUGUCGGCAACACCUUGGAUGCUUCGCAACCUUAGUCCACGAGGUGGUUGGCUUUUACAUCAGCGGGGUCCUUUCAGGGAUGCAGCAGUUGCAGCUGAUACUGAAUCUGAGCUUCAAGCCUUUGGAAGACUGAAAAGGGGCCUGAGAAGGCCCGCUGCGACAAUGUCAAAGACGUAAUAUAGUUGGUGACGCAAAAGAUGCAGCCUCAC